AUGGUGGCAAUCCAGGAUGGUGUCUGUUACUGUCUGAAUCCAAGACCAACUCUUCCUGGUUUUGGAGAGCAGAUCAAUUUGCCAUCUGUGUAUUCUCGAACACCAGAAGUUUGUAUAUCGAAGGGUUACCAAAGUUUGCCUGAUUUAGGAAUCUGCGUUAAAUAUUUCACAUUCAAAGCCACCUGGACGGACGCUAAGGACCACUGUAACCAAGAUGGCGGAUAUCUUAUCAAUUUAAACACAGAUAAGAAGUAUACUACAAUAAUGAAGAUGACAGCGAAUUCUGAAGAUUUGCCCCACAUUGGUGGAUUUACAGACAGUUUUCCUGAUUUUAAAUGGACGAGAGGUGGUUCUGUUGACACUCAACAAUGGGGCCUAGGUGAACCAAAUGGUCAUGGAACAGAGAAGUGUCUGGCUAUAUCUCAAAUACGAAGGGGUUUUGUCGAUUCACCAUGUCAUCGGAGUUAUUACUUUAUAUGUGAAAUUCUUUUCUAA